CUAGAUAUCCUAUAUUAUAUAUAUUAUAACAAAGUGACAUGCAUCUAUCUUAUAUCUCUCCACAUAAACCAAAAAACAACACUCACCAUGGUUAAAGCAAUUAGAGUUCAUGAAAACGGUGGCCCAGAGGUGUUAAAAUGGGAAGAUGUUGAAGUCCGAGACCCAAAAGAGGGGGAAAUCAGGUUAAAGCAGAAGGCAAUUGGUCUAAACUACCUAGACGUGUAUAUGCGUGAAGGUCGAUACAAUUUAUCUCCACCUUUGCCAUAUACUCCAGGUAUGGAAGGAGCAGGUGUUGUAACCGCAGUCGGUGCCGGAGUAACCAGCUGCAAAGUUGGAGAUGUUGUGGCUUACGCUAGCCCAGAUGUGGGCUCUUACGCCCAAGAGAGAAUACUUCCGGCAAGUUUAGCGGUGCAUGUUCCUUCUUCUGUUGAUGUCGUUGAAGCAGCUGCGGUCAUCUUUAAGGGACUCACUGCACAUUUAUUGAUCCAUAAAGCCUUUAAGGUUGAACGUGGACAUACAAUCCUUUUACAUGCUGCGGCAGGUGGAGUCGGAUGUUUGGUUUCUCAAUGGGCAAGUGCAAUUGGAGCCACGGUCAUUGGAACAGUGUCGACCAAUGAGAAGGCUGUGCAGGCCAAAGAAGAUGGUUGUCGCCAUGUCAUUCUUUACAAAGAUGAGAACAUUGUUGAUCGUGUUAUGGAGAUAACAUCCGGCAAAGGAGUUGAUGUAGUCUACGACUCCGUCGGGAAAGACACGUUUAAUGAAUCACUAUCUUGCUUAAAGAAACGUGGAUACAUGGUGAUCUUCGGGAUGGCAUCAGGUGAACCAGACCCGAUACGUGUUGUUCAAAUGGCAUCGAAAUCCAUUUACUAUAUGUUUUCAUCACUCAGGAAUGAAGAUGAUCAAGAGUGGCUGCAUGUAGCUGCUGAUGAGUUGUUUUCUAAAAUUGCAAAAGGAAUGUUGAGGGUUCGUGUUAAUCAUAAGUAUCCUCUGUCUCAUGCAAGCGUAGCUCAUACUGCUAUGGAGAGUCGAAAAACAACGGGGUCGGUUGUUUUGAUCCCAGACGAGGAGUGAUGUCAUGUUUUAUGCCUACGCAUCUUUCUUGUUUCAAUUCCGUCCCAAUAAAUAAUAAUUUUCUUAUUUUUGUUAAACUUGAAAACCUCCCUUUUGGAGCAGUGUUAAAGUGGAUACAGUACGUGUACGUGAUAAUAAAAGUAUGCUGU